GUGGCUCACGCCUGUAAUCCCAGCACUUUGGGAGGCCGAGGUGGGCGGAUCACAAGGUCAGGAGAUAGAGACCAUCCUGGCUAACACGGUGAAACCCCGUCUCUUAAAAUACAAAAAAAUUAGCCGGGCGUGGUAGCGGGCGCCUGUAGUCCCAGCUACUCGGGAGGCUGAGGCAGGAGAAUGGCGUGAACCCGGGAGGCGGAGCUUGCAGUGAGCCAAGAUCGCGCCACUGCACUCCAGCCUGGGCGACAGAGCGGGACUCCGUCUCAAAAAAUAAAAAAAGUCCCCGAGCGAGGAGAGGCAGUCAUGACAAUCACCUGGGGAGCUUCACGGCUUUCACAUGUUCUUCCCGGGGCCCGCUCCAGAGCCACUCUGUUCAUCUCUAGUGGAACGAGCUCGAGAAUCUGCCUGUUUUUUAAGCGGUCCAGAUGGUUCUUAACGCGCCAUGAAGUUUGAGAACCACUUUUGUGGCACUAAGGAAGGUGGCACGUUAGAUGGGACUUUGCGUCACGUUAAUAAUGUAUAGUCCUCCCUCUUCCAAAUGGGAUUUUAGGAGUCUUUUUCUCAAAUCAUGUGUAAGACAUGGUUUAAAAAUAAAAUCUGCUAAAGUAAUCAGAAUGCAUAUUUGAAUUGGAAACAGAAGUCUUCUGGGAGUGCUGAUGAGAUGGAUACUUGGGCUUAAAAUUUAGUUCUACAAGUACAGAAAGGAAGGGGGCAUAGUUUUACAUAGUUAUCACUGGUAAGAGAAGGCAGAAAUUGCCUAAGAGAUUUCAGGUUUCCUGCUUGUGGGUCGUGAUGGAGGGCAGCAGCAUUUACCAUGCUUCUGGUCACUCGUAGUACAGGUCCAAAGGUGUAAUCCAAAGGCAUUUAGCCAUUAGGUAAGGCAUUUCUUCAGGGAUUCUAAGCUAAUUAAUGUCUGCCACACUCUAGUGGUCACCAGCAGUCCCUGUCCCUUGGCCCCAGGAGUCCCUGUAGCCUGGCUAGGUAAGGAAAGGGAGUUGCAUCUCCAAAUAAGGAAGAUCCAGUUGUGGCCACCCAAUUCCUCCUCUUCGAAAGACACUUUCUGCCCAUCACCUGCUUUCUGUGCCAGGACCAUCUUUACUUUCUCCACAAAAGGUACCUUCAGGACAGGCUGGGACUGCUGGGCUUGGGAACCGCCUAGGUUCCCACUUAUACCUUUGCCAUCUAGCAGACUGAGUUGGUAGUACAGGGAUGGCAAAAGCAGGUUCAGAGAGCAGCUUAAUAUGCGAGGGGUGGCAGAGGGGAGAGGGAGCUUUGGUGAAAUGUCUAUAGUCAGAGGGGUAGUAAACAGGGUAUCUGAGAAGUUCUUUCAAGUUCUCCCCCAUCUGUAGGGAUACACAUGUGUUGGUGGGAAGAUUCAUGAGUGCUAAUCACUGGCGAGUCUUUCCUGGGUUCCACUUUGAGAUGCUGGCUCCCCAAGAAGUACCAGAGAAAUUAACUUUGAGCCCCUUAAACCUUGGAGUAGAGAUCGCACACCCAGCUGCCCCCAAGGGCCCAAAGGUAACAAAAAUGAGAAAAGUGGGCCAGAUAUGGGCCAUGGCAGACCUGAGAGCGCAUACCCUGGUUGAUGGGGGCCAUGAGUCUGUUCCCAUCAAUUGCUGCUAUUUAGAAACCCAAAUCUGUCUCCAAAUUUUUUUUAAAGAAAAAAACAGGUGCUGUAUAUAAAAUGUCAUGAUUUUUAUUUUUAUUUUAUUUUAUUUUAUUUUAUUUAUUUUGAGAUGGAGUCUUGCUCUGUUCCCCAGGCUGGAGGGCAGUGACACGAUCUUGGCUCACUGUAUCCUCCGCCUCCUGGGUUCAAGCAAUUCUCAUACCUCAGCCUCCCGAGUAGGUGUGAUUACAGAUGCACACCACCACACCUGGCUAAUUUUUGUUUAGCCAUGUUAUUUCGCCAUGUUGGCCAGGCUGGUCUCGAACUCCUGACCUCAGGUGAUCUGCUGGCCUCAGCCUCCCAAAGUGCUGGGAUUACAGGCAUGACCCACCAUACUAGAAUGAAAUGUCCUGAUUUUUAAACAUUGGCAACUACUUGAAACAUUUUAAACUACUGUGCUGAGCAAACAAAUUCUGAGGGCCAGAUAGGGCCCCAGUGAGCUGCCAGCUUUUGACCUCACCUUUGGGGUGAGUGAGCAUAUCUGCCAGCUGUUUUUAUGGGGACAGCUGAGAGCCUGGAGGACUGCUGGAAGGUGGGAUUGAAGGAGAUAGGUACCAAAGCAUCAAAAAAUUAGAAUUCCUUGUAUUUCUGCAUUGCUAAAAGGAAUCCCUGCCAUCAUUUUAGGGCAACCCUUUGUUUUACAAAUGAGGGAGCCGAAGAUUUAAAAAGGCAGAGGUUUGUCCAAGGUCAUACAGAGCUGGUUCCUGCACCAGGUCCAGACUCCAGACGCCAGCUCCCAGCCCGCUCCACCACUCAAAAUACUGCAUCAAAACCAGGCCACGCUCUGUGGGGGAACACCAAACCUGGCCCCAGCAGGAGCGUAAGAAACUUCCUGUGAGGUGGGAAAAAAAUGCCUUUUUUUUUUUGAGACACAGUGUCACUCUGGAGUGCAGUGGUGUGAUCUCGGCCCACUGCAACCUCCACCUCCCGGGUUCAAGCUAUUCUCUUGCCUCAGCCUCCUGAGUAGCUGAGAUUACAGGCGCCCACUACCACACCUGGCUGAUUUUUUUUUGUAUUUUCAGUAGAGACAGGGUUUCACCAUGUUGGCCAGGCUGGUCUCAAACUCCUAACCUCAAAUGAUCCACCCACCUUGGCUCCCAAAGUGCUGGGACUACAGGCGUGAGCCACUGUGUCUGGCCAGAAAUGCCCUUUCUGACCAGAGUCAAAGUUCCCCCAAUGCCUGGGUAGCCCAGCUUCCCCAUUGGCUCCUGGAAUCCACCCCUUUAGGUUUCCUUUCCCUGCUCAGAAGCUGUGCCAGAGGGGACAUUCCCUGGGAGGCUGAGGGUCACCACGAUACCAUGACAGAGUCUGGCAAGCCCAUCCUCUAUUCCUAUUUCCGAAGCUCCUGCUCAUGGAGAGUUCGAAUUGCUCUGGCCUUGAAAGGCAUCGACUACGAGACGGUGCCCAUCAAUCUUAUAAAGGAUGGGGGCCAACAGUUCUCUAAGGACUUCCAGGCACUGAAUCCCAUGAAGCAGGUGCCAGCCCUGAAGAUUGAUGGAAUCACCAUUCACCAGUCACUGGCCAUCGUUGAGUAUCUAGAGGAGACGCGUCCCACUCCGCGACUUCUGCCUCAGGACCCAAAGAAGAGGGCCAGCGUGCGUAUGAUUUCUGACCUCAUCGCUGGUGGCAUCCAGCCCCUGCAGAACCUGUCUGUCCUGAAGCAAGUGGGAGAGGAGAUCCAGCUGACCUGGGCCCAGAACGCCAUCACUUCUGGCUUUAACGCCCUGGAGCAGAUCCUACAGAGCACAGCGGGCAUAUACUGUGUAGGAGACGAGGUGACCAUGGCUGAUCUGUGCUUGGUGCCUCAGGUGGCAAAUGCUGAAAGAUUCAAGGUGGAUCUCACCCCCUACCCUACCAUCAGCUCCAUCAACAAGAGGCUGCUGGUCUUGGAGGCCUUCCAGGUGUCUCACCCCUGCCGGCAGCCAGAUACACCCACCGAGCUGAGGGCCUAGCUCCCAAAUCCUGCCCCGUUGGCACAGGGCCACAGGAGCAAAAGCUGGGUGGGCUGAAGAGGCCUGGAAACAAGUGAGUCUUAAUUGAGGAGACGGGAGACUUGAACUCCAGCCCUGGAUCUGUCGUUCUGCUGAACCUUGUUCCACCUCAGUCCCCUCAUCUGUCAAAUGCAUGUGGGGUGGAGUAGGGAGAUGCUGGGAGCAGGGUAGGCAGGAAUACUGUUAUCUAUGUGACGGGGCAGUCGUGAAGCUGAGAUGAGAAUGUGGAUUAAAAUGUCUGGCGUGCUCACCAUAACACCACAGGGAAGCCUGUGUGCCUUUUCUCAUCCGCUUUUGUUGUGUCUGACUCCAAAGAAUGCCCGCACUGAAAUUUGGUGUGAAUUAAACUGAAGCCCAGGCCUCUACC